AUGGUUUCUAUAUUCGAUUUGUGGGAUCAUAAACCAGUUGUUCUCGCAAUUUUCUCAAUUCAUUUCAAAGAAAAACGUCAACCGUUGCGAGCUGUCAGUAAAAGAUUAAGAAAUGACAAGGAAGUUGUGAUGGCAGCAUUUGAAAAAGAUUAUUCACAGUUUAAAUAUGCUUCCAGUGAAUUGAGAGCAGAUAGAGAAUUUGUAUUAUUACUUGCUAGAAGUUUUGGUGAUAUUGGACUAGUUCUUGAAUAUAUUUCUUCUGAUUUGACAAGUGACAAGGAUUUUAUGAGUGGUUUAUUUGAAGCAGAUUCUAAAGGUUUUGGAUACUUUCCAAUUGAAUUAAGAUCAGAUAAGGAUUUCGUUUUACAAAUUAUUGGUAAAUCUACUUAUGAUUUAAAUUUGGAAUUUCUAAGACAUUUGAGUGACAAUCUUAAAGCGGAUAAGGAAAUAGUGUUGAAAGCAGUUUUUCCUAAUGAAUAUUCAACCCAACAGCUAGAUAUCUACCUUAAUAAUGAUAGAGAAAUAGCUCUGACAGCUGUCAGGAAGGAACGUUUGGUAUUUCGAUUUCUAUCAAAAGAAUUACAAAGCGAUGAAGAAAUUCAAAAGUAUAUGAUUGAAUCGUUUGGUAAUGAUCUUGUCAAUUCCAAAAAAAGGAAUAAAAUCUAG